CUCCUUUUCAAAUCUUAUAAGUUAUAACUUUUAACAUUUGAAGCCAUAAGCUAAUCUUCUCACAAUCUCUCUCCAAAAAGACCUGAAAAAAACAUCACAAGUUUGAUCAAGAAAACCAAGAAAGAUGCCGAAAGACAGGAAGAUUGGAAUCGCCAUGGACUUCUCGGAGAGCAGCAAGAACGCACUGAGAUGGGCUAUCGACAACUUAGCUGAUAAAGGAGACACGUUUUACAUCAUCCAUGCGUUACCAACAUCUGAAGCUGGACCACGUAACUCUCUCUGGCUCAAAUCCGGUUCUCCUCUCAUACCAUUGGUGGAGUUUAGGGAACCAGAAACUAUGGAGAAAUACGGUGUCAAAAUCGAUAUCCCAGUUCUUGACUUGCUCGACACUGGUUCGAGGCAGAAAGAGAUUCAUGUAGUGACGAAAAUAUACUGGGGAGAUGCAAGAGAGAAGCUGGUUGAUGCUGUUAAAUCUCUCAAACUUGAUUCUAUUGUCAUGGGAAGCAGAGGACUCAGCGCUCUUCAAAGGAUAAUAAUGGGAAGCGUGAGCAGCUUUGUGAUUCAACACGCCCCUUGCCCGGUCACCGUUGUCAAGGACUAAACAAAAGGCUGUGAUCUCAUAUGUUUGAUCAAAAAUAAUAAUCGGAAUUAUGCUUUUAAUAAAAUCUUUCUUUCGUGGUUGUAUUUGUAUUUGAAAUCAUAUCAAUAUAUUAAGUUCGAUGUUUGUUGUUGACACACACAAACAAAUAGAAGCGAGGAGAUUCUUGUUACAAUAAUACAAUGUUUGGUUUUCUUGCUAACUAUUUCAAGUAU